UUCGGUGGACAUGAGAAAUAACAGUAUUAGUGUUCUGCCGGGUCCAUCUUUCUGGGUCAGUGCAAACCUGAGAGAGCUGAUGUUCAGUCAUAAUCACAUCUCUGCGCUCGACCUGAGCGGCCCGGUGUACAAGUGGGCCAGACUGGAGAAACUUCUUUUAAGCUCCAACAAACUGACUGAGAUCCCUCCUCAGAUCGGUAUGUUGGAGGACCUGACGUCUCUAGAUGUUAGUCAGAAUGAAGGUUUGCGCUCUUUCCCUGAUGAGAUGGGAAAGCUGGUUCAUUUAUGGGAUCUACCUCUAGACGGUCUGCAGCUCCAGAUGGACCUCAAACACAUUGGGAACAAAACCAAAGACAUCAUCAGGUUCUUGCAGCAGCGUCUGAAGAAAGCUGUCCCAUAUUACCGCAUGAAACUCAUUGUGGUCGGCAGCCCGUGUAGCGGGAAAAGUUCUUUGAUUCAUCAGCUGAUGAGACUCAAACGCUCUCAGUGGCGAUCUGAUCUGCACACCGUCGGCGUCAGCGUCAGAGACUGGGUCAUCAAAAACAAAGACAAGAGGAACAUGUUGCUGAAUGUUUGGGAGUUCUCAGGUGGUGAAGAGUGCAGUGGAUUUCACCCUCACUUUAUGAGCUCCAGGGCGCUCUAUCUAGUCCUGUAUGACCUGAGUAAAGGACCCAGUGAGAUAGACACUAUCAAACCCUGGCUCUUUAACGUUAAAGCCGUAGCUGGACAGUCUCCUGUGAUUGUGGUUGGAACUCAUGCAGAUGUGUGUGAAGAGCACCACCUACAGGAGUGUGUUCUGAAGCUGCGAGAGGAGCUGCUGUCUCAACCGGGCUUUCCAGUGGUCAAAGAGAACCACAUACUAUGCGCCUGUCACGAGUCUGAGUCCAUCAGCAGGUUGCGCAAAGCCAUCAGUCGGGAGCUCAUUGGGUUCAAG